AGUCAUUUGUAUAUAGUUGGUCAUAAUUUACACUUGUCAAAGUCUCAAACAAAUGCUCGUUUUCAUUCACUGCAAAAUUCGCGCAAGUAAACUGGGAAGCUUUAAGAACGCUAACAUGGACGUUUCAACAAAAUGGAUCACGUUAGAGAAAGCACUGGAAGGUAUACAAAAGAAGGACAAAGCUUUAUAUACACAGCUUUUAUCUCUACAAAAAAGCGUACGAGAAUUAAAGUCAGAGUUGAAAAAAGAGAGAACAGAAUGCGAAGAAGCAUAUAAAGACCUGGAAAGAAUGUCUGCCAAUGACUUUGAAGAUGAUGUUUUUCUUGACAACAAAUGUGUUGAAAACGAAAACAAAUAUUACCAAGAAAAAUGGAAACACGAUCGACAGGAUUCGGGUAUCUCCGUUAAAACACCUGAAAGCGAUGUAAGCGUAACAACACCACCAUCAACGCAUAACUUCCAGCUAUCUCUCUCCCAAACUAAAGACACUGUAUCUUAUCCACAAUUCAUUGAUGAGACAGACAAAAUCUCACACAACAAACAAAUUUCUGACGUAUCAUCACAGCACAAUAAGGAGGACUCAGGUGUAGUUCUCAAUGAAGAUGCAUUAAAAGAUUCCAAACUAUUGUUGAAUCUCGUCCGAAGCCCUGAAAUGACAGAAAAACUACAAAACAGCACAUUCAAUGGUGUCAAUCAAAUAAAAUGGAUGAAAACACGAGAUGGUGUCUUUAAUCAUCACAACACAACAUUUUCAAAAUUAAAUGCAAUUUACAGCGAUCGUCACAACACAAUGACUCAAGGACAACAGUCUGCGCGACAAGCAUUGCAUCGUCAUAGCAACACAUGGUGUCACAGUGACUUUACAAAAGAGGAAAAAUUGCCAGGAAAAAUUCAAAGUAGUAAAAUUCAAUUCUUAGAGAUGCGAUCACGAUCUGGAAAUGAUUUUCUUAUCAAAAGGCAACCGUUUCAAGUUUUAAAACCAUACGAAGACGAUGAAAACCAAAAAACAAUUCAUAGACAUAGCAAUUCUUGGUCACCAAAAGAAUCUAUUCACCAUUCUACCAAAAAUGAAGAACUCCCAAAAAUUUCUUUUUUGCAUUCCCACUUGCAUUCGUGCCCCUACAAUAUCAAUUGGGAACUUUUGCCGAAAUUAAAAGAGAAAAAUCGUGACAAAGACUUGAUAACUUCAUCAGUAAAGCAAGAAAAAAAUGUCAACGUUAAAAGCAAACAUUCCUACAAUCCUGUUUUACAUGUCCGCACAAACUCUUGUCCACAGACUGCUGUGACAAAAUACGAAAUGAAACCAUUAUCUCAUAUCCAUGAACAAAGAAAACUUAAACAAAUGCAAACUGAUAAAAGUUUUGCUACAAUUAGCAAGAACAAGAAUCCAGUAAAUCACAUAAAACAUUUCCACACAAGAUCGUGGCCUCAGAAAGAAGAUGAACGAUUAACAAGUGCAAGAUCGUGUCCUCAGAAAGAAAACGAAACAUUAACACGUGCAAGAUCGUGUCCUCAGAAAGAAAACGAAACAUUAACACGUGCAAGAUCGUGUCCUCAGAAAGAAAACGAAACAUUAACACGUGCAAGAUCGUGUCCUCAGAAAGAAAACGAAACAUUAACAUAUUUUUUGCCUCAACAUCGUGAAGAUGAUUCGUAUAUGAAGAUGAAGAAGACAAACAUCAAUAAUGGUCUUGAAAGCCCAAAUGAAGAUAAUGAUAGAAAACGAUUCACAAGUAUCAACAAACAGAAAGACUUCCAAACACAAAAUCGUCAUCAAUUAUCGAAAAAUGAACCAACAGAUUAUAAAAAUUUAUACAAAUUAUUCCUUCUAAAGUAGCACACAUAAACAGUUCCAUACUUCAACAAGAAGCUAAAACGACCGUAUCCAAGGAGUUUAAUGGUGUAUAUAAAAGGAUCUUAGCAUCUGCUUCAGAAAUGAACAUACUCAAUGAAAAUUCUAAGCAAAUGAUAAAAAGGACAAUCAGCUUAAACGAGGGACGUAACUACGAAGGAAAUGAUAAAAUAAAAUAUCAAAUUACAAAUAGUGAGCGAAAGAAAGAGAAAUCUCCCACAAGCACGAAUGAAAAAUCGAUAAUUUUCUCAUCACCAAGAAACCACAUACGUCACAAUACCACACCUAGAUACGACUACAAACGAGAGCGUCGUCACUCGAUGUACUCCCUUCACGCACCGUCAAAGUCCUGGGAUGGAUGUUAUCAAAUGAUUACAAAACAUACCAUUGACAAGUCAACUAGUCAAAUAUCCUUAGUUUAGACUAUGGGAUAAAGCUUACACAUAAAUACAACUUGCAAACAAUAGUAAACGAGAAGUUUUCUAAGAAUUAUAUAUAUAUAUAUAGAUAUAGUUUUAAAUUGUUAUAAUAUUUAAAAGAAAUCUUGUAAGAUGGCUUUCUCAUUUAACUACAGCAUGAGAAAACUCUAUUUCUUAUUUGCCAAUUUUAUGUUGUAUAGUUAACGGAGAAAUGUUGAUAAAAGCCAAAUAUAUUAUUGUUUCGGAUGAUAUAAUUUUUUAUCACUUAGUUCCCAUUCUUACAUCAGUAAACAAUCAUUAAUCUAAUAUAUUUCAACGACGUAAAUUUUUCAAUAGAUUUGAUUGAAAAGACAUUUUCUAUUCAAUAAACUCAUCUUAGGAUUAGAUUUACUAGGAGUGACGUAACCA